AUGUACAAGCCCCAGCUGAGUGACCAUGACGACAGAACGGGACACUGGGACACAGCCUCACGCAGCACCACGAGGACAGAGUCGGGACAGCACCCGAUAGCGCCCAAUGGGUCCCUUGUCAUUGCUGGCUCCAGCCCAGCCAAUGUGGGCUUUGCCCGCAACUUCUGGGCCUCCGCCACGCUCCCACUGCCACCUGAGUCCUCCUUAAGGCCCUGCCACCCUGCAAUAGGUAGUAGGAGCACUUGCUCUUUUGCCUCUCAUUUGUCUUAUUUAGAAAGUGAGAAAAACAGUGAGAAAGAAAGACUCUGAGAAGUUCAAAGCAUAGGGAAAACUAAAGCAAAAGAUCUUCAGCAGGUAAGAACCAGAAGAUAAGAAAUGCUGGCUUUACUGAGGAAACAGAAAGAAGAAAGGAUUGCAAAAGAGCUGAUUUCUCAUCCACAUAAACCAAAGAUUAAAACCGAUCACGUAAGGUAAAGAAAAUACUUAAUUUGUUUUGGUUCAUUUUGUUUUUUCCUCUGUCUAAAUAGUCAAGCCCUAUUUUGGGGCCAAAGAUGUUCUGGUUCAAUUAUUAUUAUUAUUUUGGAAAUAACUACUCAGUGUUACCCUAUAUUAAUACCUAUUAUAAAAUUUAGACAUUAAAAAGAUGAAAGUCUGAUGCUAUUGUUCCGUACUUUACUACUUUACUUUCUAUAUAUGUUCCAUUUAUUUCUAAAUAGUAGUUAAGGGAAGGAAGUAGAAGCUUAGACAUUUUGUAAAAGUUAACAAGACUUUAAUUUUUCUAUUCUGGUUGGAAACUAGAAAGUCCGGGAAAAGACCAGUUGUCAAAGUGUUUCUAUAUUUCCGAAAGGGCCAGGAAAUAUCAGAAAGCCUGUUUCUUUCCAGCCCAUGUCUUGUCUGAAUGAAGGAAGAAGCAUCAGUGUGACCUUGUCAGUAGUAUCACACUGUAUGGACGCUUUCUUCAGUUAUAUUUUUCCAAGUUUUAAGAUGUUUCCAUGUUUAUUGCCCUGCUAUAGAUCCAAAAAUAUAUCACCAAAAUAGCAUAUUACAUCAUCGUGUCAUGUUGCAUGAGAUGACUCAUUCAAAUUCUUUGGAAAGUCAGUCUUACAAAUACUGACACACAAAUCCAGAGCAAGGGUUUGAUCCUGAAAAUUUUUCUGCCUGGGUGCACUGCAGCGUUCUUGUGGGGCCCUUUUGAAAUUGUCUCGGUCUGUCAAAUACAGCUGGUAAACUAAGCCUUGAGGAAUACCUGAAGACUUUGGAAAUAUGUGGGAUGAAAUGAUGUGAAGUGGACUUUGCUUAAAUUUAGGCCGGCAACAUAGCUGCAACAGUUGCUAAAACAGGUACUGGAGGAUUACUUAAUUUGUAACAAACAUUAGGCCUGAGAGGACUGACAAUCUGGUUAUGUUAUGUUCUGGCAUUUGGUUGCAACCUCCUGCCAAAUGCUGUUACUUUCUAGUGUCAAUAAGUAUUACAAUAAACAGGAUCCCCACAGCUGUCAGGUAGGGACUGUGCAAGCAGAAACACAAGAUUAAGGUCAUCCACUGUUACUGUUAGUCUGGGUUUGAGAAGAAUUGAAAAACUGCCCCAGCAGAACUACAACAUGUUUUGGUUACAUACAGUGUUGCGCUUACUUCCCCUUUACACUGUCAUUCCCAGAGAUUCUCUCUCUUUUUUUUUUUUUUUUUUUUAAUUUUAUUAUUAUUAUAUUAAAAAGCAGUUUAUUUAACUGAUAUGUAAGUCAUUUCUCAAUUCAGGGUAGACAUUUUUAUUAUUGUUAAGUAGUGGCUAGUUGAUUCUUUUCACAUUUACUGCUAAUACUUUCCACUAUGUACUGUGAAGUUGAGGCAGUUGCUGUUGCCCUUAAAGCACUGCUUUGUCUGUCCCAAAACUUUAAUCUCCCUCCUCAAACACAGUUGUGUCAGUCAGAUAGGAGCUAUGAGGGCAGUCCUAAAGGUACAUUUGGGCCAUGGGCUAAGCUACAGUGUGAAGAGUUAAAGAGAACAGCUAUACUUACUGUGAAGUUGUUCUUUAUUCCUAAAAAACACCUCAUCUUUGAAAAUGCUGACAAGGUACCUCACAGCCCUUGAUUCAGCAAUUUCUUCCUUUUAAUGAAUGCCAUUUAAAUUAUAUAAGUGAAGCCAUUUUUCUUACACUGGCAUCAGCUUAAGCAAGAUGGUGUCAUUGAAAAGCCACAAUUUAAAGACUCAGCAAUGAAUCUGCAGCUUACAUCUUCCUUCCAACUUAACAUAUGGAUAUGUAAACUGAGAAAUGACUGACAAUUCAUUUUUAAAUCAAAUAUCUCAGGAAAAUACUGGACAUUAGGUGGAAUUAAUUUCUAGUAUGACUCUUACUUCCUGAC